AGGACAGCGGAAGCAGCUGCGGCAGCAGGAGGAGAGAUUCGACGGGAAGAGCUGGAUGGUGGUGAUCGUUAGGCGUGCGGUGGCGGCGCAUAAUUACAGCCUGCCUUCCUAUCUCUAGUCUGGGUGGGUUAUUGUGGAGCUGGUAGACUACAGCUGACCCUUGUAAGUGCCUGGUCUAACUAGGCACAACUUCGCUGCACUAAGACAUUGACUCAGCAACUCCUCCCCUCCCUCGGCUUAAGUAAGGUUGGCCAGCACCAUGUCAGCUGGGAGGGUCCGAACAAAGAAAAAAACACCAGCUGUGGAUCAGUCUCCUGAUAAUCUUCCUUUGAGAAGUUCAGGGAGACAGGUGAGGAAGAAGGCUGCAGAGACAGCAGAGGAUGAUGAAGAUGCAUCGGAGAAGAAAUACCGAAAGUGUGAAAAGGCAGGAUGUACAGCAACAUGUCCAGUUUGCUUUGCCAGUGCUGCUGAAAGGUGUGCAAAAAAUGGCUAUACAUCAAGAUGGUAUCACCUCUCCUGUGGGGAACAUUUCUGUAAUGAAUGUUUUGAUCAUUACUACAGAAGUCAUAAAGAUGGUUACGACAAAUACACUGCCUGGAAAAGGAUUUGGACCAGUAAUGGAAAAAGUGAACCUAGUCCUAAAGCUUUUAUGGCUGAUCAACAGCUCCCUUACUGGGUUCAGUGCACAAAGGCAGAGUGUGGGAAAUGGCGUCAGCUGACAAAGGAAAUCCAGCUUACCUCACAAAUAGCCAAAACAUACCGCUGCGGCAUGAAACUGAACAAUUCCACCAAGGUGGAAGGAUCAGAUCAGUGCUCCAUGCCUGAGGAUCUGAGAGUUGGUGAAGUUUCAGAUCACUGGUGGCAUUCCAUGCUCAUCCUCCCACCUUUGCUGAAGGACAGUGUGGCUGCUCCUUUGCUGUCUGCAUACUACCCUGAUUGUGUGGGCAUGAGUCCAUCUUGUACCAGUACACACCGGUUGCUUGGUGAAUCCAUUGCAAUAAAAAUGGAGCACUCAAAGACUCCACCUACUAUAGCUGGGAUGAACAAGUACUUCCAGCCUUUCUACCAGCCCAAUGAAUGUGGGAAAGCACUGUGUGUAAGACCAGAUGUAAUGGAACUAGAUGAACUCUAUGAGUUUCCGGAAUAUUCACGAGACCCUACCAUGUAUCUAGCUCUCAGAAACCUCAUUUUGGCUCUGUGGUACACAAACUGCAAAGAACCUCUAACCCCCCAGAAAUGUACACAUCACAUCAUUGUUCGAGGACUUGUGCGCAUUCGCUGUGUGCAGGAGACAGAGCGAAUACUUCAUUUUAUGACCAGGAAAGGUCUGAUUAAUACAGGUGUCUUGUCAGUUAAUCCUGACCAACCUCUUCUUCCCAAAGACUACCAUGACAAAUCUGUAAUCGUGGUUGGGGCUGGAUCCGCUGGAUUAGCAGCUGCAAGGCAACUUCAAAAUUUUGGCAUUAAGGUUCUUGUGCUUGAAGCAAAGGACAGAAUUGGCGGCCGAGUGUGGGACGAUAAGACUUUCAAAGGGAUCACUGUGGGAAAAGGAGCACAGAUAGUUAAUGGUUGUGUCAACAAUCCCGUUGCACUAAUGUGUGAGCAACUGGGCAUUAAAAUGCAUAAAAUUGGAGAGAAGUGCGACUUGAUCCAGGAAGGUGGAAGGAUAACGGACCCUACCAUAGAUAAGCGCAUGGACUUCCAUUUCAAUUCUAUCCUUGAUGUUGUAGCAGAUUGGAGAAAAGACAAAAAUCAGCAUCAGGAUAUUCCUCUUGGAGAUAAAAUCCAGGAAAUCUAUAAAGUCUUCAUUCAGGAAUCUGGUAUUCAGUUCAGUGAACUAGAGGAAAAAGUGCUUCAGUUCCAUGUCAGUAACCUUGAAUACGCCUGUGGCAGUAAUCUCCAUGAGGUUUCUGCACGUUCCUGGGAUCACAAUGAAUUUUUUGCUCAGUUUGCUGGUGAUCACACGCUCUUAAACUCAGGAUACUCUGCCAUAAUUGAAAAAAUGGCUGAAGGCCUGGACAUUCGGUUAAAGGUUCCAGUCCGCAAUAUUGACUAUUCAGGGGAAGAGGUCCAAGUGACUGCAACAGAUGGGACCCUUUGGACAGCACAAAAGGUUUUAGUUGCUGUACCUCUGACUAUUCUUCAAAAAGGUGCCAUUCAGUUUAAUCCAGCCUUGUCAGAGAGAAAAAUGAAAGCUAUCAAUAGUUUAGGAGCAGGAGUCAUUGAAAAGAUUGCACUACAGUUUCCAUACAGAUUCUGGGACAGCAAAAUUCAAGGAGCUGAUUACUUUGGCCAUGUUCCACCUAGUUCCAGCAAACGUGGACUGUUCAGUGUUUUCUAUGACAUGGAUCCACAGCGUAAAUGUAGUGUUCUAAUGUCUGUUAUUACUGGUGAUGCUGUGGCAACUAUUAAGAACUUAGAUGACAAACAAGUGUUACAGCAGUGCAUGAUUGUGCUUCGUGAGCUGUUUAAGGAACAGGAAGUGCCAGACCCAGUCAAGUACUUUGUUACACGAUGGAAUAAAGACCCUUGGAUCCAAAUGGCCUAUAGCUUUGUGAAGACAGGGGGCAGUGGUGAAGCUUAUGACAUCCUUGCUGAAGAUUUACAAGGAAAAAUUUUCUUCGCUGGCGAGGCCACAAACAGGCACUUUCCGCAGACAGUUACAGGAGCUUACUUGAGCGGUGUUCGAGAAGCAAGCAAAAUAGCAGCAUUUUGAAUACUAGACUACUGUUUACAGAUUUUCUUUUAACAACUUCCUCCAGUACAAAACUCAACUUUCAGGGUUAAUAUCAUUGCUCAAGUGGUGCUAAAGUCUGUGGUACAUAAGGAGACAAUCUUAAUUUUUUAUUCCAUUUUUUCAUCUUGAACACAUUGAGAAUGCAAUGAUUUUGGCUUUUUAUCAAUACAGUAUGCUAAAUUAACAAUUAUUUAUAAGCAGUGUGAGCAGAAAGCUCAUUAACCUCAAGACUUUCCUUUUGUGGCUUAUUUGAGGUAGACAUUCUUUAUUGUCAAAGGCUGGAAUGUAGAGUACUUAAAAAUUGUGAUAAGUGGACUGUUAUCAACAGUUCAAAUGAUGGAUCAACAAUAUGGCAGGUGUCUCCAAUCAUGUUUUGAAAAAUAUAUUAUUUUAAACUACACUGUUGUAAGUGCUCAUAAACACAAUCAUUGGACUUGUUAAUGAUGUCCAGUUUUUUUAAAAUGAAAUAUAUAUAUAAAGUCAUUUUGAAACCUUUAUUAUUUUCCUGGAGAAAAUGUCAUAAAAGCAUCUCUUAUGUGUAUACUAGGAUGGGGUUUAGUAUUUGCUGAUCAUGUUAAUGAACCAGAAAAAAAGGUAGUUUUGCAGCCAUUUCCUUUUUGUGCAGUGUGUAGGUGCUGUCAUUUAUAUAGGUAUAAUUGUGAAGGCAUGAUGAAGUUGAGUGAGCUGUUCAAUCUUCUUGCUUAAAAAUGAGAUCAAAUGAUUGCUUUUUAGUGGUUAGCGUGUUGGACUAUGACCUGGGAGACCAGGGUUCGAAUCCCCACAUAGCCAUGAAGCUCACUGGGUGACCUUGGGCCAGUCACUGCCUCUCAGCCUCAGAGGAAAGCAAUGGUAAGCCACCUCUGAAUACCGCUUACCAUGAAAAUCCUAUUCACAGGGUCACCAUAAGUCGGGAUCGACUUGAAGGCAGUUCAAAAUUAUGUGGCAUCUUCCAGACUAUUAAGCAUUCAUUUCAAUGGGAGAGAUAGAACUAGAUUCUUAUACGUCUCCCACUGGAAUCAAUGAAACUUGAAAGGCUUAACUGGGGCUGGAUUGUACCCUUAAGCUGCAAUCCAAUACAUACUUAUCUGGGAGUAAGACCCAUUGAACCCAAUGGAGCUUAGUUCUGAAUAUGUAUUGGAUUGCAGCCUUAGUUGUGAAAUUAUAUGAAAGAAAAGCAUAAUUAAGCUAAAUAAUUAAGUUCUAAGUAGUUGAAGAUAUUAAUGUAUGCACACAGUUCAUCAGCUAAGUUUUAAUUUUCAUUUUGGAAAAAAAUGGAAAUUUCAGUAUGGAAGCAUGGACAGUCUUUUUGUUGUUUCUAAAGAAAAUCUUAGAAAAUGUGUGAUUGAAAAGUAUUGCCCUCCUUGUAUGCUUUGAUAUAAGAAUGCCAAUAUUUAGUUAUUUUUUAAAAAAUAAAGCCCUGAAAAAUAUAUUGGUUUACAAGACUGUAGUAGAGAACAACUGAAAAGUGAUCUCCUGGUAAGAAAUCUAUCCAGGUUUUCUUUAUAGUUGAACUGCUGUUAUUUCACUAAAUUGUUUAAUAGGGAGUAUAACUGUGAAAGCUUUUAGCAAGAAAUGUAAAAUACAAAGAUGGGAUGCUGAUUUUUCCCUGCCAUUUCCUCCCCUUUAAUGUUGAAUUCUUCAGAUGUUAAAACAAUGCGAACACUGAGCUAAAAUAAGUUAACUGGCCCACAUCUAAGACUAAUUUGCUUGGUACAUAAUAAUCCAGCUGUUGGCUGAAGUGCAAAACUGUUUUUUUCAAAAAACUGAAAUGGAGAGUUACACAAGGGAAUGUCUGAAGGGGACAAACCUGAGCAGAGUUUCAGUAGUGCAGAGCAUUUGCAUACCUAGAAUUAGUCAUGACUAUAAGCAUUUUGUAGUAAUUAAUAGUAAGACAAGAUGGAGAGUCAUACUGUAAAUGCAAAACCAUUUACUGUAUAAAAUUCCUGUGAAUUACUGCAUUGUAGAAGUGUUUAAACAGCAGGACCUGUUCUCCGUAAAAAGAAAAAAUUGAGUUGAGAUGCAGAGACUUUUUUACAUGUAUUUAAAACAUCUAAAAUAUUCAGAAAAAAUUGGUGGGUUCACUUUUAACAAUUGAUCCCAAAGAAUUAAAAAAAAACCUUGUGAAGCUUAUUUUUUAAGCAUGCUCAUUUUUCUAUUGUGUAUAUACAACUUACGCUUUGUAAAUCUGGGAAAACAUUAAAAAAAGCAUUCUUCUUGAUGUGGAGCAU